AUCUUAUCUUAUGUACUUAGCCACCAGGCCUUAAUACACCUUUUUCAACACCAUUACAGGUAGCAUUAUUGAGAACAACUCCUCAGCCAUGUUGAAAUUUGUUCCUGAAUUUACAGGAUAGAACAAUGUGAGGGCAUGAUCAAGGUCCAUUGUUUGGUGACUAAUGUUACAGGGUGAAAAAAAUGUGUAGCCAGACUGGGACUCACACCUGGGACCCCUUGCUACAAGGGGAAAGUCUGUUGAAUGCUGGGGACAGAUUUAAGCAGUAUGAGGCUCAACAAAGAAUUGUUUCCCUUGUGAUUGAGUCAAAAGACAAGAUGGCAGUGGAUUUCAUAAUAGAGUUCACAAUGUCUGCGAAAUCUUCUGGUCAGAUGUGUCUGAGUAUGGAGUUGUUGAGAGAUAUUUUGGUGAAGAGAUCUCCUCUAAGGUGUUACACGACCUCCAAGAUGAGAAACAUGUGUGAGGAUGUUUUCAAGCAAGUUUUAGAUUCAAGCAAUGGGAUCUUUCAAGACACUACCUUAUAUGCUACAAUAGGAGUUUGGAAAAAGUUGUUGGCUGUAGUGACAAAUGAUUCGUUAGAAGACAAUGAUGCUAGUACAAUACUGACAAAUCUUAUAAAUUUUAAUUGUGAAAAAAUCAUAUGUGAUAUUUUAUUAUCAUCUCAUGUUUUAGAUUUUGUAAAAAGGAAACUUCUCACAUUCUUCUUCAAACUAUUUUCAAAUAAACACACUGACACAGAUUUUAAUCAUGCAGUUAUAAAUUUAGCUAAUGAAGUUUUAGGAAAAUUAGGUAAGGAUAACAUGCUUCCACUGAAGCAGUUAUUAUCAAGGGAAGGACUCACAACCUUCAUAGGCGUGGUCAAACCUGGAGCUGAUGACACUGAUUACCAUGGUUAUGAUCCCACCUGGGUCAGGGAAUGGACAUACCUUUUCUUCAUGUGCGAACACGCCCUUCAUAAGAACUCUGUAUGUGAAUCGUCACCAGUCUAUCAUCUCGGUCAGCUGGAUGCCGUGGUUCGAGAGGUUGUAAAGGUCGAAUGUCAAGGUCACCUAUUUGCAUGGUUACCGGAAGUGUACGUUGACCAGGACGACAUGUGGAUAAGCGUCCUCGACAUCAUCCUUGACCUUUAUCAAUGCCCAGACAAACUCUGCCAGCACCAUUACCUCUUCCUACAGUUCGUUGGAAUUGUUGGCUAUGACCACGUGACACUAGUAGACUUUCUCACCUCCCCGGAGACGAACUUUAGAGAGUAUUUAGUCAAAUAUCUCGAACACCUUAAACAAACGUGGAAACCAUUUAUGGACUGUGUUGACCAUUUUAAAAAACACGAACGUGAUGAAUUCAGCGAAACCGAAAAUGAUUCGGGUAAUAAGGAUUAUGGAAUGACUGCCAGUGAUGACGAAUAUGCAUCGUCUGUAUCCGAUAUACCGCAAUCAACCUCCUUUACAUCCACAGAAAGUAACACACCAUGUAUGAAUGAAGAUACUAACAUUACGUCUUCUUGUUCUAAAAAGGCAGCACUAUUGACUAGUGGUGUGAGCGUUUCUACAGCUGCAGGUCUCGGACUAAUUGCUGGCGCUUAUGACUCAAGCUCAGAGGAAGGUGAGGACGUAACAGACGAUGUAACCACACUGAGUGAUAAUGACAUUUCUGACAUUUCAAGUGACACACGAGCAGACGCUUUAGGCGCUGACAGCAAUACUUUUGUUCACAAAGCUUACCAAGAAGUCGGUGGAUUUGCUGAGGUAGAUUAUUGCGAAACAGACAAAAGCGAAAAAGAUCAAACAAAAGAUAAAGGGGUUUUAAAGGCAGACAACGACACAGACACAGAUAUCAUCAACGAGCCAACUGAAAUUCUGCUGGAUAUUGACUUGUCUGGUGAUAGCGUCCUGGCGAACGGGCUGCUAGAUGACGUGAUGGGAAUGUUGAUCAGAACGAGACUGUCCCUGGAACGUCUGCACGUGGCUCAUCUGUUGCCAUACAACCCGCAAAUGCUCGUGCAGCUACUCGAGAACGUUGAGAGCAUAUAUGAACAGUAGAACAUUUACAGUAGAAAGUUGAUUGUAUUAUUAUUCCUUUCGCUAUAAAUCGGGAGACAUAUUGAUUUUCAUCGAGUUGUCUUUCUCUUUGUCUGUCCGUCAGCCAAUCUGUCCGUUACAAAUCGUGUCGGCUCCAUAAGAAUUUUGAAAAAAAA